CCAGACCCGCCGGCAGUGGACUCCAUUUCAGAACUGAGGAUGAGGAAUCACACCUAGUGGCCGUGCCUGCCUUGGACAGGUGCUGCACAAUCGUUUCAACAUACGCCUUGAUCUUCUCCGCCACACGACGGCAGCUGGGCUCCGUCGCAUUGUUGCGAGCAUCAUUCCUGGCCUCCCAAAUGUGCCAGACGGAGACCCUGUUAUUUAGACGCCAAACGCCGGUUUGCAGCGCCCACACGAACGACUCAAGGUCUAGGUCCCGUUCGAUCCCCUUUUCAGAAGAAGAAUGUCUGGUUCAUUGUUGCUGAGAUCCGCAGGCCGCGUCGUUCGGCGAUCCUUCUCGCAAGCGCAAGACUCCUUCCAUCGGAGCCCCGUCCGUCUGCUCUCCGGUGGUGCCGGGAGGUUCCAACCCCCCAACGAGCAUUCUCCAUCAAAACCCAAAGUCGGACACAACGAGAGACUUGAGUCUGGAAGGAGGAUUUGUCGAGCUGCCGAGUACCACAAGGAUAUGGAUGAGUUUGCCUCGGAAGUGCGUGUUGUGCGGGAUAAAGUUCGUGCUUGGGAACAAAGAUGUAAAGAAUCUGAUAAAUGGCAUGAGCGACGAGAGGGAGUGUUAAUUUGUGCCACUGUUCUUUUCAUUGCGUUUUGUGUAUUUUCCUAAGGAGAAAUAUCCUUGGAGUAAAAUCCAUCAUUACCUCAACCUGCCGGCGGGGGUCAGUUCCAUGGACAUCAGGAAUGAAAUUUUAGGGUCAUGAAUACAACUCAUGGGCUUGAUGCCGAUGGUGCGGUGUAUCUGAUGAUGUUGCGAGAUGGGGGCCCACUGUCAGCCCCUAGUUGUGUUUUAUGGCGAAAUAUAUGCUGAAUUACUUUUGAAAGUUACCAAAUAUUGUACUCCAUCCUACCCAAAAUUAAUGGCAUAUAGUCUUUGAUUAAGUCAAA